UUGCAAAUAAGUAGUCCUCCUAAUCAACUGUUUAACGGGCAACCCCAAAAACGCUUCUUUCUUUCUCUUCAAAAAACCGCCCCACACAAAAGAAAAAGUAAAGUACCGUAACUAAACUAACCUUUACAGAUCUCUUGUUAAUUGGAGUUCGGAAUGUCACGGAAGCUAUCAGAUAACGGAAUCGACGGCGACGACGAGAGGGAUGAAGAAGAAGAAGAAGAUUCCGAAGAAGAGGAGGAAGAAGAAUAUGAACCGAGACUUAAGUAUCAGAGGAUGGGAGGCAGUGUGCAAUCGCUUCUCUCAAGCGAUGCUGCCACGUGUAUUGCCAUCGCCGAACGAAUGAUUGCCCUUGGUACUUACGGUGGAGCCGUUCACAUUCUAGAUUUCCUUGGCAAUCAGGUUAAAGAGUUUGCUGCUCAUACUGCUGCAGUCAAUGAUCUUUGUUUUGACGCAGAAGGUGAAUACAUUGGAAGCUGUUCUGAUGAUGGAUCUGUCAUAAUAAAUAGUCUUUUCACUAAUGAGAGGAUGAAAUUUGAGUAUCAUCGGCCAAUGAAGGCCGUUGCGUUAGACCCAGAUUAUGCAAGAAAAUCUUCCAGAAGAUUUGUGACUGGUGGUUUAGCUGGUAAUUUGUAUCUUAAUGCUAAGAAGUGGAUGGGCUAUCGAGACCAGGUUCUGCACUCUGGUGAAGGUCCAAUUCAUGCAGUGAAGUGGCGGACUAGUCUCAUUGCCUGGGCGAAUGAUGCAGGAGUAAAAGUUUAUGAUGCUGCCAAUGAUCAGCGCAUAACUUUCAUUGAAAGACCUCGUGGAAGUCCUCGCCCUGAACUUCUGGUCCCUCAUAUAGUUUGGCAGGAUGACACUCUUUUGGUCAUUGGAUGGGGAACCUCUGUGAAAAUUGCAUCGAUAAGAACAAACCAAAACAAAGGCGUGAAUGGGACAUACAAGUAUAUAACCAUGUCUAGUCUGAAUCAGGUGGACAUUGUGGCAUCCUUUCAAACCAGCUAUUUCAUUUCAGGAAUUGCUCCUUUUGGUGAUUCUUUGGUUAUUCUAGCUUAUAUUCCUGCCGAAGAUGGAGAGAAGGACUUCAGCAGCACUAUUCCCUCAAGACAGGGAAAUGCUCAAAGACCAGAAGUGCGUGUCGUGACGUGGAAUAAUGAUGAGCUUGCUACCGAUGCUCUCCCUGUACAUGGCUUUGAGCAUUACAAGGCGAAAGACUAUUCACUUGCACAUGCUCCAUUUUCAGGUAGCAGCUAUGCAGGGGGUCAGUGGGCUGCUGGUGAUGAACCCUUAUACUACAUUGUGUCCCCAAAAGAUGUGAUUAUUGCGAAGCCAAGGGACACAGAAGAUCAUAUUAAUUGGCUUCUCCAGCAUGGAUGGCAUGAGAAAGCAUUAGAAGCAGUUGAGGCUAAUCAGGGAAGGAGUGAGCUCCAUGAAGAGGUGGGUUCAAGAUACCUUGAUCAUCUGAUUGUGGAAAGGAAGUAUGGCGAAGCGGCAUCAUUAUGUCCAAAACUGUUGCGAGGAUCAGCUUCUGCGUGGGAAAGAUGGGUUUUCCAUUUUGCACAUCUGCGACAACUCCCCGUGUUGGUUCCAUACAUCCCAACAGAAAAUCCAAGAUUGCGUGAUACAGCUUAUGAGGUAGCUCUUGUUGCUCUGGCAACAAAUCCAGCUUUCCACAAGGAUCUCUUAUCAACUGUCAAAUCCUGGCCACCUAGCAUUUAUUCUACAUCACCUGUUAUCUCAGCUAUAGAAUCUCAGCUUAAUACCUCAUCUAUGACUGAUCACAUCAAAGAGGCAUUAGCAGAAUUAUAUGUGAUUGAUGGACAACACGAAAAAGCUUUUGCUAUUUAUGCGGAUCUUAUGAAGCCGGAUCUGUUCGACUUCAUUGAAAAGCAUAAUUUGCAUGAUGCUAUGCGUGAAAAGGUUGUCCAACUUAUGAUGGUUGACAGCAAGCGUGCCAUACCUUUGUUGAUCCAGCAUAGGGACCUAAUACAUCCACCCGAAGUGGUGUCACAACUUAUGGCUGCAAGGAAUAAGUGUGACCAUCGCUACCUUUUGCAUCUGUACCUUCAUUCACUAUUUGAGGUGAAUCCUCAUGCUGGACGGGAGUACCAUGACAUGCAGGUUGAGCUUUAUGCUGACUGUGAUCCAAAGAUGAUGCUUCCCUUUCUCAGAAGUAGCCAGCAUUAUACACUUGAGAAGGCUUAUGAUAUCUGCGUGAAGAGAGAUUUAUUAAAGGAGCAAGUUUUCAUCCUUGGAAGAAUGGGGAAUGCAAAGCAGGCCCUUGCAGUUAUUAUAAAUAGAUUAGGAGAUAUAGAAGAGGCCAUAGAAUUUGUAAGCAUGCAACAUGAUGAUGAACUCUGGGAAGAGCUGAUUAAGCAAAGUCUUAAUAAGCCUGAAAUGGUUGGAGUAUUAUUAGAGCAUACUGUAGGGAAUCUUGAUCCCCUUUACAUUGUAAAUAUGUUGCCCAAUGGCUUGGAAAUACCUCGUCUGAGGGAUCGUCUAGUCAAAAUUGUCACUGACUACAGAACAGAAACUUCUCUUAGACAUGGAUGUAAUGACAUACUUAAGGCUGAUUGUGUCAACCUGCUGGUCAAAUACUACAAGGAAGCAAAGCGUGCGAUAUGUUUGAGCGAUGAUGUUGAUCAAGCACGUUCCCGCAAGAGUGAGCAGAAGGCUUCACAUUUAGGAGAGAGAGUCAUGAGUAUGAAAUCCAUGGAGGUCAAAUCAAAAACCAGAGGGGGUGCAAGGUGUUGCAUAUGUUUUGAUCCGUUUUCUCUACAGAAUGUAUCAAUUAUUGCCUUCUUUUGUUGUCAUGCCUACCAUACAACGUGUCUUAUGGAAUCCACCAUUUCCGUGGGCGGUAAAAAAGAGUCUGGGGCUGCUUCCAAGGGGACUGGGUCAUAUUAUGAAUUUGAUAAUGGUAUUGAUGAAGAAGAAGAAGAUGAUGAUGACGAUGAUGGGGAUGCUUCUUCAGGUGCCCCUCGGAUGCGUUGUAUUUUGUGUACUACGGCAGCAGGUUGAAUAUCUGUUGUGUUUUCUUGUUGUGUACCAUAGUUUUGCCUGCUGUGUGCAUAUAUCAUGAGCUUGUGUUAUUAUUUAUUAGAUGCUGCUUUCUCAUGUUCCAUAUCUGUAUUUUAGGAAUUUGUACUAUAUUUAUAGUUCAACUUCAAUUCUCUGCUAUCCCUUCAAUAUAGGGACGCAGAACACAUAUAAUUCUCCAGAUUUCUUAUACAUGCUGUUUUUUUAA